AUGGGGAAUGAAAGAAAUAUUUUUUUUUUUAAGUCCCUUGUGCUUCGUUUGUCCAUUUAGUUUAUUAUUUAUUUGUUUAAUUUGAUAUCAUAUAUUGGAGAAUAUCUUUUGAUUCAUUUAAUUUACUAUGAAUUGAUGAUGGCUUACCAGAUUGUCUAUGAAAUGUAUUAUUCUGGUCUUGAUUAUCUACAUUAUUUGGAGAGAUUUUCAACUUAUUUUUAUAGAUAUUCACUUAAAAUUUAGAUAUAUCUUCGACAACAAUUAGGUCUGGUACUCCUGAAAUGUAACUAAAUCUAAGAUCAAUUUAAAAUAGUCCUUUAGCUAUUCAAUAGACUAUCUCAUAACCACCUAAAUCAAGUAAGCCUUCUGAACACAAUAAACUUAGUAAUUAAUAAGGUCAAACUAGAAUAAGAUAAUUUUCCGUCUAUUAGAGGUUUCAAUCAAUACGGUUUGGAUCUGCAAACAACGUAAAGAGAUGAUACCCUUAAAUUUCGAUCGACUUCGUAAAAUGGAAAAAACCUUCAAUUGAGACGAUAAAACGGGGAUAUAUCGUGUUUAUCUCAUGAAAAGAUCAGAGUCUUUGAUAUAUUCAAUUAAAGUGAGAGGUUAAAUAAAUAACCAAUUACUUCAAACACUUACAUAACUACCAAAAAAUCCUUGAAAGCCCAACUUCAAUAGUAGAAAUAUAAUGAAACUUAUUUUAGUUUAUAUGGAUAGUAGGAGAGAUAUUUUUUCAACAUUAAAAUAAAUUAUUAUGUAUACUAUCUAUCAAUAUAAGAAUGA